AUGAAGCUAUUGAGGCUGAUCUGGCUGAUUCGGCAGCAUAUCGGCGCCGUGCCAUCAGAUACUCAACGUCCAUCAGUUCAACAUUCAAACAAGAAGACAAAACAAGAGCCAAACAAGAAAACAAAGCAAAAACCUACCAAAGAUUUCCAACCACAUUUGGAAGAAACCACGAUGUGUCGAUUUAGCUUCUCCUACAAAAAGACCAGGGACCACGAUGUUGAGGACCUCCCCACAUACCGACCCAUUGCCGAAGGUGUCCCGUAG